GCGAAAUAAGUGCCUGGCUGAGUUACCAUGGUGAUGCACCCGACGAUCUUUGCCUCAUAGCUACAAGCUCCUAGAUCCUAGAUCGAUAUACGCGAUCCUAGCGCCGGCCUGAACAGUGAAGAUGGAUUCUUAUGGGAGGCCCCAAAAAUUUUCAGUCAGUAGGAAGCAAGAAUUGCAGCUGCAAACUGAACUUGAAACUUUAAGAAACAAGGCAGUUUUAGAUCGGUAUGUCAAGCAGCUUGCUAAUGAAGAAAAAGUUGGAGACUCUACUCGUAGUAUAUCCACAUCGUCUUUGGAGCCUACAACUAGCAGAAGAAAACACAGGAAAGGUCAGCGGAGGCCUGUCUGUGAAUCAAAAGUAACCAAGCUGGAAACAACAAUCUAUUCUGAUUGCAAAUCUACACUGUUAGAAAAAAAGUUGUCACCUAGAACAGUGGUGGUUGGAGCAUCAAGUAAUGUUAAGUUUGCCAUCACCAGUUGUUUAAAUACUAGUGUGCCUGUUCAGCAAGCUCGAAGAAAGGAAUCCAGACCAAAGUUACUAAAACCACCUCCCAGAGUUAGUAAGAAACAACCUAGCAGACGCCCAAUUACCCAGACACAAACAGAAAGUCAUCUAUCUUAUCAGAGGGAUACAAUCGAUGACUACAACAGUGUCGGUAGCAGUAAUACCACCUCUAACAAACAGACACUAGUUUUAUCUAGGUGCGAUGAUGAUGAUUCUGUUGCCUCCAAAAGUCCCAGUUUGAAUAGGAGUGCUGGUGAACAGAGCUACCCAGCUAGUAGUGCUGACUCAUCAAUAUUACUUGGCCCCCCGCAAUAUUUUGGAACAAUUUUUGACAAUUUAUCACCUAAAACUGUAUACAGUAAUAGCAUCACUGCUAGUACGCAUUCCUCACAGCCUUUGUCAGGAGCGUUAAUGCUUGAAGUUAACAUGCGAUUUAGAUCAAAGGAAACUCAUGUCAGCGUGGAGCAUCCAUUAAGAGAUGACGUAUAUGACGAAACAAGAAAACCAGUAGAAGCUAUAGUGAACCACUCUGGUGUCAGGGUUUCAAGUUCACACACUCCAUAUAUGCAGCUGCAGGAUGAAAGGCUUGGAUGCCUACCAUCAUCCCGAGAAAGUGUCAGCCCAUAUUCCACCAAAGACAAUGAAGGUCAAUCUCGUCCUGUAAUGCAAAAUGAGGAAGUACAUGUAUGUACAAAUGAUAUUCAUAUUCAUGAAAAAACGAGCCUGCCAUUUUCUCCUAAAGUUGACUCUGAUAGUGACAUUUUUUGCGUUGAGUCUCAUCAAGAGGAAGCUACAUAUAAUGACACCAUUGAAAGAUCAUCCUCAACUCUUGAAGCUAGCGAAGGCAUUGUUUUUUCAAUUGCAGGGAGUAUGUCAAGUUUUGGGCAACCUCUCUCCAGAGACCAAACUCCUUCUCCAUCUUUUGACAAGAGUUCUCGAGAGCUCAGUUUUUCAGCAAGUAGUGAUACUCAAACAUAUCCUGUUUCUUUUCAACCAAAUAGCCAAGUUGGCAGCACUGUUCGGUUGCUAUCAAAUCAAAAGCUAGCCACAUCGUCUUGGCUGCAAGCCAUCAACAGCGGGGAUUCAAAGAACAGCAAAGCAACAGAAUCAGAUCUUUAUAACUUUUCUGGAGUUAGUGGCGAGGAAGUCAAGCAGACUGUUUCUGUACAUUAUUUAGCUGAUUCCGAUCCUAGUGAAUCCUUUAAUCAGACAGUACAUCUCAAACCAACAGCGAUCGCCUCUGGAUCAGGUAGUCUGAAGUACGAGGAUGUUAUCGGUGUUACUAAUGAUGAUCAACAGAUUACUGAUGACAACAUCCAUGAAAUUCUUGCCUUCUCCAACUCACCAGUAACUAUCGAAGAUAUACUCAACAUCACUGGAAAUACUUUAAGAAGACAGCCAAGAGAAACUAUGGUGUCUCAGUGUAACAAAGACUCAAAGCUCUCUUUUUUGUCAACAUGGGAUUCUACUCUUUCACAUACAAGUAUCCAUCAUUUCUGCAUGAAUACUACGCUUCCCCAACUGCCAGUACCAACACAAAUCUUAUCCAGACGGUCACACUGCAAACAACUUAAGCAAGAUGACUUACAAAUUAUUGAUGACAUUAAAAAAAUUGGCAAAUCUCCUCCUAAUACCGCAAGGUCCAAAGCUGCUACUUGUCUGAAUGUUGCACAGCAGGUUUCAGACGGUCACAGUACCUCGAAUUCUCAGCGUUCAUUAGCCAGUGACAAUGUAGCUCAGGGCAAACUUAAAAAAAAGAGAAGCGACAGCAGAUCUUUGCAAAAAAAGAAAGCAACUCUACAAUACAAAGUACAUGAUAGUGCUAUUUUUGGUUUGUCUGGUGAGAGCAUGAAGAUUGCCAAAAACCCCUCUCUCUUACUGUGGACUCCUGCUCCCCCGAAACUGAGUCUUCAUCCCUCUAUUGUCCAGAUGCAUCUUUUUCCAAACUACAAGACAGAUUCGGUGUCUAAUGGUAUUGAAACCAUUGACAAGUACCAUUAUGGAGAGAAAGUUGAGCCUUUUAUUGUUAGCCAAGAGGACGUGAUCAAAAAUGAAUUAUCCAGGCUCACUGAUCCUAUUUUCCGCUCAGUUCCUAAUUUCAGUGCAGUUUGUACUAUGCUGGCCACUCAACCCGAUAAAGAAGAAUUCACCACUCAAGCCCAACUGAAGGAAGUUGAAAAAUUAUCUGAAGAGUCCUCUACAGCAGUGAAUGUUGAAUCCAGGCAACGUUCUGUUGGUAACUCCACUAUACAGGGUGCCGGAGGCAGCAAUGUAUUACAGCACACUAAGUCACUCCUGCAGCUUGCACCUAAUGGUGAGGUGACUUGUGAGAAAGUGGAAGCAGCAAGCACACAGUUCAAUGCUCUGAUGAUAGAGAUUCAGCUUCAAAGGGAGAGACUGAUUCAAUAUCACAAAGGUCUCAAUACCCCUAAAAUUGAUACCACUGUGUUUACUGCUAAUAAUGACCUCUUAGAAGAUGUGCAAGUCGUUCAAGAAUCGUCUUUGGCAGCCAGUGGAACGCUUACUUCACGUAAGCUCCAAAGGCAGUUUAUGAGAGGGACAAAGCGAAGCACUAGCAAAGUUGGGGCUACUGGUGGGCGGCUCAGAGCCAUUAGGAGAACUAAGAGUGCACAGAUCAGGGCUGAGCAGGCACGAGAGCAAUUAUCACAGCCAUCACGCACUUCAGCAAGGAGAGGAUCUUUUCCAUUGGACCAUUACGAUCUCCACCAUAUCUACUCACAGCAAAACAUUUAUAAUAAACAAGCUGCCACCUACAAGACUCCCUUUUGCCAUUUAAGUCUCCCAGACCUCACUGACGAGAGGUUUGAUCAGAUGAUGCUAAGCCAGGGUGCUAAUCCUGGCACUGAUGAUCCGUUUAAAUGGGCAUAUGGCGUCUGGUGGGAUAGGUGGUUUCCUGAGGUGCUAAAAGAGUGUAGAGAAGCUGUUGGAGAGCUGUACUCUGGCCAUAACAUUAAGUUGGUGAGAAAGAACUAUCAGACUAAACCGGAAGCCCGCAAAAAGCACAGUCCUGUGGACAUAGAGGAAGACUGGAGCAACAUGGUCUUAGACCUGGCUGAUGUAGACCCAGUUUGGGACCAGGUAUCAGACUCAGAAGUGAAAGAGAAAGUUGAGAUUGAAGUAUCUAAACUAAACACAAGUAUUGAACAGUGUGAAGAUAUGAAUAUGGUUGCUGUUCACUGCUGUAGGAGAGGGGCAAUUCUUCGAAAGUUGGGGAAGUUGAAUGAGUCGUUAGAUGAUCUUAACCAUGCACUGUCGAUUCAAUCUACCUUCUCUGACGCCUACUGGCAUCGGCACUUACUUUUUUUGAUUCAAGGCAACAAAAAAAGAGCUAUGGAAGAUCUUUUUGUCCUUUUGAAGCAAAAUAAGAAGCACUUUGGUGCCUUAAGGUCCAAGGCUGCCUUAUUGCUUGAGAAAGGUGACCUCAGCAGUGCUGUUUAUAGUUUGAGUCAAGCAAUUGCUCUCCAUCCUGAUGACUCUGAUUCCUAUUUCAUAAGAGCAGAGAUCUAUGAGAAGCGUGGAGAAGUUGAAUCUGCUCUCAGUGACUAUGCUCGUGUCAGCGAGCUGGACCCCAGUAACAUUGUGGCGCUGAGCAGACCAGCAAUGCACAAAUUCAAGAGAGGGAUGUGGGCAGCAUCCGGCCAACACUUUGCUGCCCUUCUUCAGCGAGAUCCUAAUAACACUGAGGCGAGAAUACAUCGUGCCAAAGCACACUACAAUAUUGGUCAAUAUGUAGAGGCCUUGCAAGAUCUUUCAGCAGCCAUUCAUUUGGAGCCAAAUCAAGCCCAAGCAUUUUUUCAUCGUGCCUAUCUCCUGAGGGAGUCUCAACCCAAGCAGGCACUCCAAGACUUCAGUGUAUCUCUACUGCUAGAUGACUCAGUGACGAAUGUACAAGCAUUCGUUCAUAGAGGAGUGCUGUAUACACAACUGACGUGCUAUGAUGAAGCUCUCCAGGAUUUUGAGUCUGCUGUGAAAUUGAAACGCUCUCUGCCCUCUCCCAAUGUGUGCGCUGGUCUAGUGCACAUGCUACACAAAAAAAACAUAACUCGUGCUAUACACUGCUUCUCAACUGCCAUUUUCGUUGAUCCAACCUGCAUCAGAGCUUAUUUGUGUCGAGCCGAUGCAUUCCAAAGAGAUGCCAGGUUCAAGCUGGCUAUUCUUGAUUAUGCAAGAGCUUCUCAUUUGGAACCGAACAAUCCAACAUACUAUCUCUUCAAGGGUGAACUACAUUUCCACCUGGGUGAGUUAGAUCUUGCUUCCCUGCACAUCAGCAUUGCAGCCAAACUAAGCACUGGGUUUGACCAGGAGAAGUCACAGAGGGCAUUGGUGGACUCAUUCCUUGGGAACUAUGAGCAGGCCAUCAUACUGCUACAAGGGAUUCCAAAGACCCCCGAGAUAUACUCCAUGUUGGGAAGAAUACAGUUUAAGGCGAAAGAAUUCAUUGGCUCUGCAGACAGUCUUAAACAAGCUAUUUACCUUGCUGAAAAAAUAAAGCCCUCUAACUUAGACACUCAUGCUGACUCAAGAGGUGGUGUUGACAAUACUGGUACAAAGGAAAAUAUUUUUGAUGUAAAAACGGGGUUUCAUUUCAUUUGUGGACAGAGCUUGACCGAGAGUGGCUCACUCAAGGAAGCUGUGAACGAGUUUUCUAAAGUAAUUCAGGCUAUGCCUGACCAUGCACUGGCAUACUACAAGCGAGGAGUCGCCAAACUAAUGGAUCACAACUCCAAGGGAAUUCUUGACCUCAACAAGUCUCUGGCCAUCAAUCCUAAACUUUUUGAGUCCUUUUUGGCCAGAGCAGCCUACUAUGGAAAAACAGGGCGAUACUCCAAAGCUAUUCUCAACUGUAAUGAGGCCAUCCGACUGCAACCUGCUAGUGUUAGAGCUUAUCUUUGCAGGGGAGCUCUGAGGUAUUACCACAAAAUGUAUGAUAGUGCUAUUGAAGACUUGUCGAGAGCAAUUCGUCUUGAUUCAAGGCAUGCUUCCUUAGCUCAUUUCAAUCGAGCUGUGUGUUACCAAGCAUUGGGAAAACUCCACAUGGCUCUCUUGGACUACAGUGUCGUAUUUCUACUGGUUGAGUCGCCCAAGGUUGAAGUGUUGAUCAAUCGAGCUCUUCUCUAUUUGGAGUUAGGAGACUGGGCCAACAGCCUCUUUGAUUUUAUUGCAGCUGGCAAAGUGUUGAAGGAUGACUCAUCAAUUUUCCAAGCAAUUGGUUACUGUUACCAUAGGCUUGGGUCUCUUGACUGUGCUGUUGAUGCCUAUACAGAAGCAAUCAACAUUGAUCCUACAUUCCUCGGUGCAUAUAUUGGUAGGGGUAAUACGUACAUGGACUACCUGACUGUGAAGGGCAAUAGCAAAAGCAGAAUGGAUUACUUGCGUACAUUGGAACUGGAUCCCAGAUAUCUUCCAGCAAGAGUUAAUCUUGCCUUCCUUCUCCAAGUAGAGGGAAAGUUCCAGGAAGCUUGGAACCAACUUACGAGUGUACUGAAGACAGACGAGGGACAUAUUUCUGCUCGUGAAGCAAGAGCUGUCAUCAGUUUACAGAUGGGUAAUCUUUUUGGGGCACUACUCGAUAUCAACACUGCAAUUCAGGUGCACAAGAAUGCACUCCUGUUGGUCAACCGUGGUGUUAUUCAUCAGUUUAUGGGUGACGUUGUUAAUGCAAUGAAUGACUAUCAGGAAGCUGUGAUUAUCGAGCCAUCCUAUUCACUAGCUCACUUCAACAUUGGAAAUAUCUUGUUCCAGCAAAGACAUUUCAAGCAGGCUGUGAAUAGCUACACCAAGGCAGUUGGAAGCGAAAGUAGUGUGGAUUCUGUUCUUCUGAACCGAGCCAUUGCUCAUGUGAUGCUCACAGACACUAAAUCAGCUCUAGAUGACUUCAGAGAAGCUAUUCUAAUCAACCCGUUUUCAUCUCAUGCAUACUUCAAUAGAGCUAACCUCUACCACUCCAUGGGAGAAUUCGAAAAAGCCGAACUUGACUAUAGGAAAGUACAUGAACUUCAACCUGAUGACUGGUUGACAACGUUCUAUUACGGUGAAACAUUGAGGAAAAUAAACAAAGAUAGCAGUGCUUGUAACAUUAUAGCUCAAGCUGUAGAAAGGAUGAUCCAACUAUGAUUUUUCCUUCCAUUAAUCAUGUUAAGAUUAGGAUCGUGCACGAUAAUUGUAAUACAUGAAUUCUAACACUGCUUCUCCUG